AUUAAACUGCGUAUUAUUACACAUUAUAGCCGUGAUGUAUAUAUGUUUGGAUGUUGUAUGUAUACAGCCGCAAUACAGGCAUCCAGAAGUCAUUAGAUCGCCGACAUGGGUGUUAAACAAUCAGCGGGGAAACAGUUUUGAGUAUGCGAAUUUUUUGGCGAGCCUACUGCUGGGACAGGGCUACAAUGCAUACGUAGUAAGCGGAUAUGCAUUACGAGAGCAAACGACGUACGACACGUCGAUGAAUCCCUGCCCUUACAUGCCAGCAACUGCGAAAACAUCUCCAGCAUCCGAGAUACCUCGUGGGUCAAAAUAUCAACUGAAACCGCCACCGCAAUUCCAAAGUAAAUUGCUGAUAGAAAUUGAGCAAGAGCGGUUGGAAAAAAUACAAAAAGAGGAAGCAGAUAAACAAGAUGAGCAGCGGAAGUUAAUUAAUGAGCGGGAACGCCUUCCAGCAGACGAGUUCUGGGGGCACCGAGUGCAUGCGUGGGUUGUCGUGUUACCCGAAGCAGGUGGUCCUCGUCGUCAGGAAGUACUUGAGCCCUUUUUUAUAGAACCCUCGUCUGGGCAAAAUUACGCACUCGACAAUCACCAGACAGAUCUUUUGUACCAUGGGGUCGAGAGCAUUUGGAACGAUCGCAACUACUGGGUCAAUAUGCAAACUUCCACCGCGGCUUGCUCUCAGAUUGACUGGACUCUUCGCGAUAACUCACUCUGGGAGAGUUUGCUUCCCGGUGAAAGUACCGAGGAUCAAGAAAUUAAACCCGAUAAUGACGACUUACAUGGACAUGUGGCCAAACAUUUGGAUAUGCCUACUUCUUAUGUUGACCAAAUAGACAUUCAAUCGCUGGAUUACGAAAGGCGUUUUCCGAAUGGGAGGAAGACAAUGAUGUUCAAAAAAACAAAAGUCGAACUUUUUGCUCCUUAUGUCCAAAUGGACGGUCUCAUUGAAAAGAUAACGGUAUACGAGGAUUAUGAAUGCAAAACAGUUACCCACGUGUACGAAAAAUAUUCAAAUCGAGGCGAUAAACUUGUACAGUCGACUUGUUAUGUUGAUACAGCUAUCAGGGUUGAUUUAUAUAACCGCGGACGACCUGAUGCUGUGAAAGAGCAUCACUAUACGAUUGAUGGUGAUUUAGUAACCGAUGAAAGAACUCUAGAAUUUUAUCACGUAGUACGUAGCGAUGGUCUAUCAAAAAUCCAAGUACACCCACUUUAUCUCACCCAACAUUACGUCGGUCGCAAGGACUUCCUUCAUUAUCGGAAUGUUGAAUUUUUACCAAAAGCAUCAACUAAAAAUCACAAUACUUAUCACCGUGAGAUUUCGAAAAUAACUGAAAAAUUAAACAGAAAUAAUAAACAACCGGCAACGAAAGACAUAGCGAUACGUGAAUACUGUAUAUCAGAAAAUAAAAUAGAGCUAAAGUAUCAUUACAAGGAUGAUGAUGUCACCAGAGCCACUCGCACGUUUAUUAAACCACCAGACCGUGGGGAUCGGCUGGUGUUUAAUCCAGAGAUGACUUAUGGAUACAACCCAGAUCCACUAGCUCCGUUGGAGAAGUCGUUGGAUUUAUUUAAUUUACUUGAGACUCAAUUGAAAGAAGAAGAACAGUCGGUUGUUUAUGUUCGUGACGCCGAGAGAUUGAUUUAUAAUUUUUUAAAAUUACGUAAAAGUGAACACGGUAUUCCAAAAUUAACGGUCUCGGAGUUUGAUCGUAAUAGAAAUGAUGAAGCUAAAGCUGCGAUGUUUGCUCACGAAGAAAUGGUGCGCAAGGAAUCUGAACGUCAAGUUGAAGAGGAGAUAGAUUAUUUGCAACCGUAUUUAGCACGUCUUGGUAAUCCUGACAAGUUAACUAAGAAUCAAACGGUUCAAGUACAACAAGAGUGCCUCAAUGAUUUUAAAGAAACUCUAGUGAACCGUGCUAAUAGCAUUUGCCGUAAAUUCCAAGUAAUCCGACAAAACUUUGAAGAAUUACAAAGUCAAUUAGCUCAAGCAGAUGAUUUAUCGAACGAGGAAGAAGAGAGUCUUAUUGCGGACGCAACUUUAGCUAAUUUUGAAAUGCAUACACUUGACGUGAGAUUAAAACGACACGUUAAUUUGUCAUCAGCGCGAUAUCAAUCAAUGGUCAACAAACUUAAAACACAUCCACGACUUACUUCUCUUUCAGAACAAUAAUAAUGGUAAGUAGUAAUAUAAUUGAUGAUAAU